CUCGAAGUCGCACAUCAAUGGCUUCGACCAAGGCCUAUGGGAAGAUCAGCGAAGCAGAGCAAGCGAUGCUCGAUGCUCGCCGCUGCACCCGGAAGAGAACCAUCGUCAUAAGCCUAUCAUCCAUUGUUCUUGUUGCCAUCGGGGUCGCAGCAGUGGUUGGUACUUCGGUGCACGCCAACAACAUGAGCAGCGGAAAGCCUCGACCUCUCUCAACCUCAGUGAAGGCCGUGUGCGACGUCACGCUGUACAAGGACUCGUGCCUUAGCUCCCUCGCCCCAAGGGCUAACUCAAGUGGCCAGGUCCGCCCUGGGGAUCUGUUCAAGCUGUCGAUCCAAGUGGCCUUGGAGGAGUUGGCCAAGGCCGCCGGCUAUUUCUCCGAGCAAGGAACGAUCUUCAAUAACACCAUGGUGAAUGAGACGGCAAGUUCGGCGCUGGAGAGCUGCCGUGAGCUCCUAGGGCUUGCGCUGGACCAUUUGAACAGCUCGCUGUCAUCGAGCGAUGCCUCGAACGUGCUCAGUUCAGGGGAUGAUCUCAGGACCUGGCUCAGUGCGGCCGGGACGUGCCAACAGACGUGCAUCGACGGGUUUGACGAAUCAGCAGGAGCAAUUAAAGAGAAUGUUGCGAGCUAUCUCAAGAAUUCAGGUGAACUGAUAAGCAAUAGUCUUGCGAUCAUCACUUGGAUUUCGAGCAUCACGAGCUCGUUCAAGCUAAGGCGGCUCAUGAGCAUGCCUCACCCCUCCCACCACCUCGGCCACCACCUCGGCCAUCACAAAGUGCCAAAAUGGGUGCACCGGAAAGAGCGUGAGCUGCUUCAGAGCUCCGAUUUGAGGAAGAAGGCGAAUGCUGUUGUGGCCAAAGACGGUUCCGGCAAGUACAAGACCAUCGGAGCCGCACUCAAUGCUGUGCCUGACAAGAGCAACAACACGUUCGUGAUCUACGUGAAGAAGGGGGUGUACAGCGAGAAUGUGCGGGUUGAGAAGUCGAAGUGGAACGUCAUGAUGGUCGGCGACGGGAUGGAUGCAACGCUGGUCACCGGCAGCCUGAACUUCAUCGACGGGACUCCAACGUUUAAGACUGCAACUUUCGCUGUUUUUGGCCAAGGCUUCAUUGCUAGGGACAUGGGAUUCCGCAACACCGCUGGCCCGGCCAAGCACCAAGCAGUGGCCCUCAUGUCAACUGCCGAUCGGUCCAUUUUCUAUCGGUGCCGCAUCGACGCCUUCCAGGAUUCCCUCUAUGCUCACUCCAAUCGCCAAUUCUAUCGGGAUUGCAACAUCUACGGGACAAUCGACUUCAUCUUCGGAAACUCCGCGGUUGUCUUCCAGAAUUGCAACAUUCUACCCAGGACGCCCAUGCUUGGCCAGCAAAACACCAUCACCGCUCAAGGCAAGAUCGACCCUAAUCAGAACACCGGCAUCUCAAUCCAGAACUGCACCAUCUGGCCAGCGGGGAACUUGACCAAUGUCCAAACGUUCCUUGGGCGACCGUGGAAGAACUACUCUACCACGGUGUACAUGCGCUCCAUGAUGUCAGACAUCAUCAGCCCGAACGGUUGGCUUCCGUGGGUCGGCAACUCAGCCCCAGACACCAUAUACUAUGCAGAACUUCAGAAUUACGGACCAGGGUCUAACACAAAAAGCAGAGUCAAGUGGAAUGGACUGAAAUUGAACCUUUCUACUAACGAAGCUAGCAAGUUCACGGUCAAAUCCUUCAUCAAAGGCGACAAAUGGAUCAAGCUGGCGAAUGUCACAUAUAAUCCUAAUUUGUGAAGUUGAUACUGUAUACUCGAGAGCUCUCCGAUUGCCGGUUUCUCCUUUGGGCAAUUUUUUAUUUAUGAGUUCACAUUACUUUUCGACAAAUGGAUCAAGCCGGUGGAUAUCACAUAUAAGCCAUUAUUCUCACUACCUUUUACAUGA